CUCUUCCUCUUCCUCCCGACCCUCUGCAACCCGACGAGCUCCCCAGCUACCGCCACCCAUUUCCGGCCGGGAACGCGGGUAAAACUUGGAGAUUUCUCCUCCUUUUCUUGUUCUAGAACACCUAUUAAGCCCAAAAUUUUCCAGAUUUGGUCUGCUCUUCCUCCCCUGUCCACGAGCUGUAGCUUGUGGUGUGAAUCUCUGUGCUAUUUUCGUUCUCUGCGAAUCCCGCCCCUGCCAUACCCGCCAGAUUUGGUUCUGCUUGCUAGAAAAUUUCGGUAUUUGAUUAUUCUGCACCCUCGCACUUGGGAUUAGUGUUCUGGUUGGUGCGAUUUGAGUCAUGAUUACUGACGCCCGCUAGUGGGAGUUUGCAAACACUAGCACAUGUCGACAUGUAUUUCUGUAGAACCGGUUCAUCCUGUCAAUGGGGUUAAACAUUGGUUAUUACUGACGCCUACCAAUGGGAGUUUGUUAAACACUGGUACCAUUACUGCCGCUUGCCAGUGGGAGUUUGUUAAACACUGGCCAUGACUUAUAGAUGAGACUACUAAUGAGUUUUAUUAUGCAUGAAUGGUUUAUCAUUGAAAGUUCUAUUAUGCUUACAUGAUUUAUCUGGCAUGCUUAAAAUUUUUUAUCAAGGGCUAUCCAUAUUUUACUUACUGAGAUAUUUUAUCUCACCUAGUUUUUCCUUGUCCACCAUUUCAGGUAGUGAUACCCGACACAUGGGGAGCCGGGGGAGUAACAAGCUAGACGGCUAGAUGGCUCCGAAACGACGUGGGUGCCCGAGGGCUGGCCGUAAGGACUCGGGCACUCCUCCGAUCCUAGCUGCCAAUCCCCCUACCCAAGCUGCUCCUCAGGAGGGAGGGACGAGCAACCCUCAAAUGGCCACUUUCUUUCAGGAAUUUAUGGCGGAGAUUAGACGCCAAGUGUCUCCUGCCACAAGUGUGCCACCUCCAUCCCCAGUGAUUCCCACCUCGGCGGCCCUUGCUCCUAUUUCUCCUAUUCCUAUCUCUUCUGCUCCGGCUGUACCUAGCUGGAAGAUUUAUACCGAAUUCCAAAAGGUGGUGACUAGGAGAUUUGAUGGUACAGCGGGUUUUGAGCAACUAAUACUUACAGGUGAUGCAUUAACUUGGUGGGAGACUUAUUUGAAGCUACACCAAGGAGAGCCUGAGUUGAGCACCUGGGAUGGGUUUAAAAGGGUGUUCAUGCAAGAGUUUAUACCCGACAGCAAAAGGCCGGAACUGCAAAGAGAAUUUGCAGAUCUAAAACAAGGGUCAUGUACUGUUGAGCAGUACAAGAAGGAGUUUGACCGCUAUCUGCCUUUUGUGGGUGGUCAAGUCGAGGAUGAGCAAUCCAAAGCUGAUAGAUUUUUAUGGGGCUUGAAUCCUGACAUUUACCUGGCGGUGAAUCAAUUCAAACCUGCCACUUAUAGAGAGGCAGCAGACAGAGCCAUAGAUCAGGAGAAGGCUAUGGUUAGAGUCAAGACACAGGACUCGCAAAAAGUUGGGUCAUCUUUUAAGAAGAGAAAAUUUGAUGAGAGUUGUAGACCCUCAAUCUCUGCACCACCUAAGUUUGAUACCAGCGAGGCUUCUAAAGAGCUAAGGGUUGCCAAGACCGUGGGUCAAGCAUCAGCAGCCCAACGUACUUAACCUGCCCCACCUAUUUGCCACACUUGUGGAAGAGUGAGCCACAUUCACGACCAGUGUCGCAUUUUUACUGGGGCUUGCUUCAAAUGUGGCAAGCAGGGACAUCAGGUUGCAAAUUGCCUGCAGUCAGACCCCAGAGCUCAAAGUACUCAAACUGCAUCUCCGCAAGGUUCUAUGAAUCAGGAGGUGCAGAAGCAGAAUGUCGGGGUUAAGACAAGAGCCCAGCAGGCGAGAGUUCAUGUGAUGACUCACCAGGAAGCUGUGGCUACCGAUGUAAUCACGGGUACUUGCCUGCUAAUUCUGAUUAUGCACAUGUUUUAUUUGAUUUAGGUGCAUCACACUUUUUAUUGCUUGAUCGUAUGCUUUGAAACGAGCUUUACCUGUUGAUAAUUCUAAUUUUGAACUGCAUGUGAACACCCCUUUAGGAGGGCUGAUGACUACUAGAGAUGUGUGUAGGACGGUAGAUAUUAUAUUGAUGGUAGAUAAUUGAGUGCUAGCUUGUUUGUUUUAGAUACCUCAAAUUUUGACAUCAUUCUGGGGAAAAAUUGAGUCCGAGAUUUGAGUUUUGGGGACAAAACUCCUUUUUAGGAGGGGUGGAUGUAAUAUCCCCAAAUUUUCUAAGAUAUUUAAAGGUGAGUCAUGGACUUAAUUGUGAGAGAAUAAUGUUGUUGGCCUUAAUAAUAGAAACUUUCAAAGUUCAGGGACUUAGAAGAAAGGAAAUAGGAUAAGGAUUGACUGAUUUCUUUUCCUCUUUUCUUCUUCCCACGCGUGUCCUGCUCUUCCUCUUCCUCCCGACCCUCUGCAACCCGACGAGCUCCCCAGCUACAGCCACCCAUUUCCGGCCGGGAACGCGGGUAAAACUUGGAGAUUUCUCCUCCUUUUCUUGUUCUAGAACACCUAUUAAGCCCAGAAUUUUCUAGAUUUGGUCUGCUCUUCCUCCCCUGUCCGCGAGCUACAGCUUGUGGUGUGAAUCUCUGCACUUUUUCCGUUCUCUGCGAAUCCCGCCCCUGCCAUACCCGCCAGAUCUGGUUCUGCUUGCUAGAAAAUUUCGGUACUUGAUUAUUCUGCACCCUAGCAGUUGGGAUUAGUGUUCUGGUUGGUGCGAUUUGAGGUAGUGAUACUCGACACAUGGGGAGUCGGGGGAAUGACGAGCUAGACGGCUAGGCAUUGUUUUAGACUUAGAUCUUUUGGAGUUAAGCCGCUAGUCUAACAUGGUUGACCUAAAUAACCAAUUUUGUGUACAAAGCUUCCUUGGUUAUAGCCAUGACCAUUUAUAAACUUUUGUAUAUCUGGAAUAGUAAAUUUUUGGUAAUUAAAAGUUAGAUUUUAC